AAAUGAGUUUCAGAAUAUCAAUCUCUCCAUAAAGAAAACGUAGUAGUACUGGAAUGCCUUAAUCUGCUAGACCAAUGAAACCAACUUUGAAUUGUACUUUAAAUAAUAUUGUGGAAGAAAUUAAAAACCUUAUGUAAAAUUAUAGAAUAAUAAAAGGAAAUAACUCAAUCCUUAGUUUUAGAACCUUUUAAAUUAGUUAAUAAAAAUAGCAUUUGAUUUAGAAAAAUAAAAUACAAAAUUUUAUUAUGCCCUUCAAUCAUCAAAAGCUUAAAGUAUUCAGAAUGUAGAUUCCAUUUAAAAGGAACCCUCAUCUCAUUAGGAUAGAAAUAAAUCUAAAGAUUGUAGUCCAACAAAGAAAGAAAACUCAAUUAAAAAUACAGAAAUGAUAUCUAGUAGUAGAUUAGAUCCAACUCCAAAAUAAAAAUUUUUAAUUAGAAGAGGUUCUCUUGAUGUAGAUUAAUAAGUAUCAAAAGUAAGAGUUAUUUUAUAAUCUUAUUAGGAUCAAUUAAGAAAAAUUAGUUAAGAAGCAAUAGAUUAGAAUUUUAUAUUUAACUUACUCGAUUUUAAGCCAUCAAAUUUAAAAUCUAUGUCAUAUAAAAAAUUAAAAUAAAUCUUUACACUUAAUGAAAAAGAUUUAUAUUAGUACUUAUAAAAAAUAGAUUAUUAAGGUAUUUAUUAUGUUGUUCAAAUGAUAGAAUAUACAUUGUAUCUAUAUGAACCACUAAAGUUUAUAAGAAAUUUAUCAGACAAAUGCAUUUUAUAUAUUGAUAAAUUAAAGAAAAUAAUAAAAUUAUCAUUUGAAAUACCAUAAUGCACUCCAAUUCAAACAUUUGAUAACUAUUAGAAAUUACUUUUAGAAUUGUUUGAUUGUGAUAGAGCAUAAGUUUAUUUAUAUGAUUAGAAAUCUCAUAUAUUUUGGAGUAGAGCCUAAGAUAGCUAAUAAAAAAUUUAUUAUCCAUUUAAGGGUAUAUAAGGAUUUGUAACAAAAUAAGGUUAAUUACUAAAUAUAAAUGAUGUUUAUUAAGAUGUUAGAUUUGAUUAAGAUUAUGAUUAAAAAUAAUAAACUAAAACAAAAUCAAUGUUGGCUUGUCCUAUUUAUGAAAAAGAAGAAAUAAUUGGUGUUAUUAUAAUAUCUUCUAUUUAACAAUUAUUUAAAAAGGAUGAUGAACUUCUUAUCUAAAUGAUUUCUUAAAUGGCUGCAUAACACUUUUAUUAAUAUAUUUUUUAGGACUAUAAUUCUAAAACUUGUGAGGCUUUAUAAUAAAUCUUAAAAUUUUCGUUAAUAUUAUAACAAUCAAUAGAUUAAAAGUAAUUCAUUAUUUUUGCAUAAUAAAUACUGUCUAAAACAUAUGAAUUGAAAUAAGUUUAAAUUUAUUUUAAAGAUAUGUAAGAUUAGGACAGUCUUUUCACAUUUAUUGAAUAGUAGAGAAAGAAAAUACCAAAAGCAUGUGGAAUUAUUGGAUUUGUUUACAAAACAGGAUAAUUCUAUAUUUCAGAUUCUUGUUAUAGAGAUAAAUAUUUUAAUAAAUUAGCUGAUAUUGAAACAAACCUUCCAACAAUUACUAUACCUAUUAAAAAUGAUGAUAAAUGUAUGGGUGCUAUUUAAUACAUUGAUACAAAAGGUAUUGAUAACAUUGUAGGGAAAUAAUUAAAAAAUUAUUAAUUGUCAAACUUAGAUUUGAUUCAAACAUUUGCUGUAAUGCUUAAUUUUGUAAAUAGUAAAUUGAUUAUAUAAAAAUCUUGA